AUGGGAAGAAACGGAUACGCAAAGGGUACCGAAAGUGGUCACCAAACUACCGUCAGAGAGCUUAAGCCUAAGGCUGCUCGAAGAAAGGGUGCCAUUUCCAAGAGAACUCUUCUCUGCCGUCAAAUUGCCCGUGAGGUUGUUGGACUUGCCCCCUACGAACGCAGAAUUUUGGAUAUGAUCAAGACUGGAGGAUCUGCUGCCGAUAAGCGUGUGUACAAAUUCGCCAAGCGUCGAUUGGGUUCCCACAAGCGUGCUGUGAACAAGAGAGAGGAUAUCAAGCAAGUCAAUUCCAUGCAACGUGCUCGUGCGGCUGGUGCCAAUUAA